CAUUCAGUGCUACUUCGCGGCUCCGACACGACUGCAACCCGACCAAAUUAAAAAGCACUAAAAUGAAGUUACUUAUCGCUGCCUGCCUUUUCGCCGUGGUCGGAUUAUCGCUUGCUGACACUGUCUUGUAUCCAAGGGGGUGCAUAUAUGCUUUGGGAAAAUGUGUUCGCGAAUGUGAAGUAGGUACUCACGCAUACACAACUGGCUGCGGAGUGUUAAAACCAGAGCCUACUUGUGACGACCCCAACCCAGCGGCCGGCAAGGGCAUCAUCUGCGACUACUCAGCGUGCUACUGCGACCCACCCACUGUGAAAGACAAGAUAUCUGGCAAGUGUUUACUAUUGGAGGACUGCCCGAAAUGAUUUUAUUAAAGAUUUAAAUUAU